CUGGUGAAAGCGCCUGCAGCUGAAGCGGUGGCAGAGAUGCCACUAAGUACAGGGGAUGCUUCAAGCUCCGCCUCCACGGCCUCCAACAGGUCGCGGAAUAGGACUCGCUAUCGGACCAAAGCCGUGAACUCGGAGGUCGAUGAGAGCCUUUUUGGAGGUGUCAAGCCUGCACCCCAGGGCAGGAGCGACAGCCCCAUCGUGCUCCUCCGUGAUAAGCAUGCUGUCCGGAAAACUCUCACUGCUCUGGGUCUGGACCACAAGCCAGAGACAAUCCAGCUCAUCACCCGAGACAUGGUCCGAGAGCUCAUUGUUCCUACAGAGGACCCCUCUGGGGAAUCCCUAAUCAUCAGCCCUGAGGAGUUUGAGCGGAUCAAAUGGGCAUCCCAAGUCCUGACCAAAGAAGAAUUGGAGGCCAAAGAGCAGGCCUUCAAGAAGGAGAAGGAAGCCAUCUUGGAAGCAGUGACAAUCCGCAAGAAGAUCAUGAAGCAGAAAGAAAUGGCCUGGAGCAACAACAAGAAGCUGAGUGACCUGGAGGAGGUGGCCAAGGAGCGGGCCCAGAACCUUCUGCAGAGAGCCAACAAGCUUCGCAUGGAGCAGGAGGAGGAGCUUAAGGACAUGAGCAAGAUUAUUCUGAAUGCCAAGUGCCACGCAAUCCGGGAUGCCCAGAUCCUGGAGAAGCAGCAGAUACGAAAGGAACUGGAAGAGGAGGAGAAGCGGUUGGAUCAGAUGAUGGAAGAAGACCGGCAGAAAUCCCUCCAAAGGCAGAAGGAUCGGGAAAGGAAGAGGAAGGAGGAAAGAAUACGGGGAAAACGGCACAUUGUGGAACAGAUAAAAAAGAACGAAGAGGAGCGAUCGCUGCUUGCAGAGCACCGUGAACAGGAGAAGGAGCAGAUGUUGGCCUAUAUGGAGCGGCUCCAGGAGGAGGAUUUGCAGGAUCUGGAGCGGAGGCAUCAGGAGAAGCUGAAGAUGCAAGCGGAAAUCAAACGGAUCAACGAUGAAAACCAGAGACAGAAAGCAGAGCGGCUGGCACAGGAGAAACUGGCAGACCAGAUGGUGAUGGAAUUCACCAAGAAGAAGAUGGCUCGAGAGGCAGAGUUUGAGGCUGAGCAGGAAAGAAUCCGGAGGGAGAAAGAGAAGGAGAUUGCCCGCCUGAGGGCCAUGCAGGAGAAGGCCCAGGAUUACCGAGCAGAGCAGGAUGCCUUGCGGGCCAAGCGCAACCAGGAGGUUGCGGAUCGAGAAUGGCGUCAAAAGGAAAAGGAAAACGCGCAGAAGAAGAUGGAGACAGAGGAAAAGCUGCGCAAAAGCCGGCUGGAGCAGGUGGCUUUCAAGGAACACACGCUGGCCGUUCAGGUGCAGCGGGAUCGAGAUGAGUUCGAGAGGAUCCUUCGGGCUCAGAGAGAGCAGAUCGAGAAGGAGAAGCUGGAGCAGGAGAAAAAGGCCAUGGGGUGCUUACAGCAUGCCAACGAGCUCCGAAGGCAGGUGCGUGAGAACCAGCAGAAGCAGGUGCAGAACCGGCUCGCUACCUUCGAAGAGGGCCGGCGCCUCAAGGAGGAAGCUCAGAAGCGCCGCGAACGCAUUGAGGACAUCAAGAAACAGAAGCUGGAAGAGCUGAGAGCAACUGGCCUUCCCGAGAAAUACUGCAUCGAAGCUGAGCGCAAAGCCAACAUCCUGCCGACCACUUCUGUGAACUGAAGGGGAGCAUCUAUGGUCUUUGGGAGGGCACACAUUCUCCCAGUCCCUGGGGCAUCUACAGUUGCUGCUAACCUAGACAUUUCAUAGUUACAGAUUAAAGCUAUUCUAUUCUCUGAGGAACAGCUCGGCUUUACCACUGUGGGCAUGGGGAUUCCAGUGGGCUUUGAAGGUGGAUCAAAUAAAUUACAGGGGACCUGAACAUGGGCCGGCCUGACGCUCGGGCU